AUGUCUGCUGAGCUGCCAUCAGCGCCGAUCAUGGUGAACGCCGGGGCGGCCGCACGGCGGGAGCGGGAGCGGGAGCGAGAGCCGGCUGAGCUGGACCGACGGCUGGCACACCUGCCGCCGCCGCCACCGACCGGCGCCACCCGCCACCGGCGCGACUUCGACCCGCGCGUCAAGGAUGCCUGUCUGCGCGACGCUCGCCUGCGGCGCGGCCUCAAGAUCUCCAAGGCGAUCGUGCUGGGCGACGCCGGCGUCGGCAAGACGUCGCUGGUGAACCGCUUUUGCCACCAGGUGUUCGACCACAACUACAAGGCCACCGUGGGCGUCGACUUCGAGGUGGAGCGCUUCGACGUGCUGGGCGUGCCGUUCAGUCUGCAGGUGUGGGACACGGCCGGCCAGGAGCGGUUCCGCUCGAUCGCGGCCGCCUACUACCGCGGCGCGCGCGCCGCCCUCCUCUGCUUCGACCUGACUGACCUCAUGUCGCUCUCCCACACCGCCCAGUGGUGCCACGACGUGCUCGAGGCUAACCCGGCCGCCAGCCCGCCGCUGCUCUUCCUGGUGGGCACGAAGCGCGACCUGGUGACGCCGCCGGCGCUGGCGCAGGUGCUGGAGCUGGCCGCCGGCAUGGCCACCACGCUGGGCGCCGAGCUGUGGACCGUCUCGGCGCGCGCCGGCCUGCAGGUGGACGCGCUCUUCUGCCGCGUGGCGGCGCUGACAUUCGACGCCAGCGUGGCCGCCGAGCUGGUGGCCGAUGACGCGGGCCGACCUAUCGGCGACGCCGUCACGCUGUCGGCCACCAAGCGGGACGGCGGCCUGCGCGGCCGUCGCGUCACCACGCCGGACGGCGCCGUGUUCGUGGAGCGCCGCGGCCUCGACGGUCGUCUGGAGCGGCGGCCGGCCGGCGCCACACUCGGCUACGUCGUCAACCCGCGGCCCGACCUGCAGGUGGGCCGGCCUCGGCCCUGGCUCUGCCUCGGCUCGCAGGACGUCGCGCACGACCUGCCGCUGCUGCGCCAGCUCGGCGUCACGCACGUGCUGAACGUGGCCACGGGCGUGCGCGACCUGUUCCCGCAGGAGCUGACCUAUCUGGCGCUGCCGCUGCUGGACGUGCCGGAGCAGCCGCUGGCGAACGUCUUCCCUGCCGCCUUCGACUUCAUCGAGGCGGCGCGCGGCGCCGGCGGCCUCUGCCUGGUGCACUGCAACGCCGGCGUGUCGCGCUCUGCUGCGCUGGUCACCGCCUACCUGAUGGAGCGGCAGGGCCUCUCGUUCAGCGAAGCGCUGCAGCUCGUCAACGAGACGCGCCGCGUGCGGCCCAACCCAGGCUUCCAGAGCCAGCUGAUCGACUUCGGCCGACAGCUGCGCGAACAGCGCGAGACAGGCGCCCGCUGACCGGUGCCGCGGGGCCGGUAGGCUGGCCAGCUGGCCGACACCGCUGAUGGUCUGACAGGCCGGUCAGCUGACUGGUGGAUUGCUCAGCUGACUGAUAGACUGGUCAGCUGACACUGAUUCACUAUCUAAUACCAUUUCACAGUGCUAACGCAGUUGAUUCGCAAGCUUUUAGCUAAUAUUACCAAGCAGUACGGGUUCUUGAGUUUUAAUUAUCAGUGUUUUAGGCUAACUUGGUCCGUAACGUGGUUGAAGUAACGUUGACAGUUGACUUGGUGAGAUGUGUCUUCUUCGCACUGGGGUAGGGGGAGCUUCAGUUUGGGAGUGGCUCCAGUUGGCACAUGUACAUAUAGAGCCCGAUCGCGUUCUAGAUCAGUUAGCGUGUAAGUGUUGGCCUUCGGCUGAUGUGUAGAGCUGUGUUAGGGCCAUCACUUGCUAAUGCUCGAGCGGUGUGGCUGCGGGGUCGGCAGCUGGAUGCCAACGGCUGCAGGAUGUCUGGCAGGGUAUCCAGGAUACGCGGAUUGGACUCGUGCAUCUACGGUAUCGGUGAUUGUUUGUGCGUUUUUUUUUUGCCGGCUUGUGGCAUAAGCUAUCAGGUUAUUGCGGUUGUGAAAGAUUUCUUGGUUGACACCGAUGUGUUGGAUUAUUUCACAUCCUGUUUGAUAUGAAAACAGGCUUAGCGCUGUGGUAUGUAUCGUAUAUUAGGCUUGUUGCCGAGAUAUUGAUCACUAUCCGUGGCCUUUCCCUGCGUAUCGUGUGCUUGAGUGCUCUAAUCUGUGAAAUUGUCGAUAGGCAUCUGAUGACCCUCUGUCGUUGCCAUCGCGGUAUCCGUAGUCGUGUCAGCUGUGUUAUGUUGCGACGGUUAUUUCUCGCCGUGUCUGUCUUUUAUGGAACCUCGAGCUUACUUUGCCGGAGACGACAGUGUGUAUGGUGUGCGCAGUGUGUGUCACGGGAAAGCGCGACACGGGCAGCGUAACGUCAGUGAGUUCCCUAAGCGACCAUUGUCCGAAUGGAGGCUCCGACAACAGACGUAUAGUGUGAGGUACAGCACGCGACGUGUUUUGGGGCCCGGUGUCGGCGUGAGUGUAACCAUGGUGCUUUCGACGCUGGUACGAAGGGCUCUGCAUUCAGUUCGUCGCACUUGACCGUGAUGAAGGCCCGUCUUCCAUCGCCGGCCCGGACAGCUGCAUGCCACUGCUCCGAAGCUGGUCAGGCUGGCUCGUCCAGAUCCUUGGCUCCGAUAUCGCUCCGCUGACAGCGCUCAGCGGCCGUUGCGCAAGAGUUGAUGGUUCCCAGUUCCGUAUAGUUCUCACGCCCAGUGACAGUAACGUUGAAGGACGCAAAUGCUCCGCUAAGCCGGCCGGCCGGGGCUGCGCCAGCGCAGUGCCGCUGAGCGGCGCCCAGCGACGCCCGGAGUCGGUGCCGCUGCCUGCCCGUGGCGCCAGCGCUGUCACUCGGACCGGUCCUAUCUGCGUCUUAUCGGUCGACUCUCGAGCCGGCGGGCUCAUGAUGCGGGGGGCUUCGGCAGGUGUUAUGACUGGCCAUGGUGCACUGGUACUGCUCACGCUUUCAUUGGCCUCGGGUGACGUGGAGAGACGCGGGCAGUGACAGGGUCGCCGUGUCUUCGAACUGGUGGGUAACUUCUCUCAACUCUAACAUUGCGAUUGCUGCAUGAGUUGAGAUCGUGCACGACCCAUCUCGUUUGUUUGCUAAUUUUUCGGACAGCCUGCGCUUUAAAUAGGCAAAUGCUUUGUUGCGUACGCACAUUUGUCAGCCAUUAAUGCUUUUCAAUACAUAUGUCGAUGCAACUUA